AUGUCUCACCAGGCUUACAACGCGCUCAUUCGAACGCAUCACAUUACGUCGCGCAAAAAAGUAGCCAAGCUCAAGGCGGCCGCGUCCAAUUGUCAUGUUUACGCUCUGCUGCGCAGUGGUGGCUGCCCUGGCAUCAUGUACUGUCAAGGCUCGGAGUCCGGAGUAAAAGAAUGGGUAGCCAAUGUUCAGAGGCUGCGCUACAAGGAUUUCCAACUUGUGAAGAAACCUGCCGCAAAAGAGGUUGAGGGGAAAGAACUGGAGAAUGAUGUCACAUAUGGGAAGCUAGAGGUGCUGGAUAGCGUCAAAGAUUUUGGAGCGAGGAUGGAGAUUAUGGGGGUGUGGGGGUGGUGGAGGAAAGGCAUGGGUUAUGUGGGCAACGACUAG